AUGUUGGAAAACUGCAUUCUUCUUAGCCUUUUUGCUAAAGAACACCUGCAGCACAUGACAGAGAAGCAGCUGAACCUCUAUGACCGCCUGAUUAAUGAGCCUAGUAAUGACUGGGAUAUUUACUACUGGGCCACAGACUGCUGGCGUGGACAACUUUGCACAGAUUGGGCUACCCUCUCUUGGUUCCCUAUCGGACCUGGGGACCAUGACUCAUAAUGUCACAGCCUCAGCUGCUCCAGACUUAACCACCUGAGCCUUACAAGGAGGACACGUGCAGCCUAGCUUUCCAGGCCCCCCGGGGCCCUGCCCCACAGCAUCAUGAUGGGGAAACUCCCCCUGGGGGUCGUCUCCCCUUAUGUGAAGAUGAGUUCGGGGGGCUACACGGACCCCCUGAAAUUCUACGCCACCAGCUACUGCACAGCCUACGGUCGAGAGGAUUUCAAGCCCCGUGUGGGCAGUCACACAGGCACCGGCUACAAAUCAAAUUUCCGGCCCGUGGUCUCAUGCCAAGCCAGUCUGGAGGCCUUAGACAACCUGGCCACGGGGGAACAAGCCCGGGACCAUUUCCAGUCUAUGGCCAGCCAGAGUUACCGUCCCCUGGAGGUGCCUGACGGCAAGCAUCCCCUGCCCUGGAGCAUGCACCAGACCAGCUCAGGCUACGGGCGGGAGAAGCCCAGUGCAGGUCCCCCCACCAAGGAGGUCCGUAAGGUCCACUUUGACACCCAGGAGCAUGGGCCCCAGGCCAUCACGGGGCUGGAGCCGAGGGAAGUGCCCCUGCUCCACCAGCAGCAGGGCCAGGGCCCGCUGGAGCGGGAGAACUUCCGAUACGGCCCACGCUUCAUGACUUCCGAGUACAAUUCCAAGUAUCUCAGGCAGCCUCUAGACCAGCCAGAUUUCUUGCAGAAGAACUCGAUCGGCGCCAAGGAGGGGAGCAGCUUCACCAAACAGUCCCGCCAGAGCCCCAUUGUCUUCCAGCCACCCUCACAGGCCCUCCCUGGGGACCCUGCCCUCCUCCCAGGCCAGAGUGUCACCAAGUCUGACUUCCUCCCCAAGACUCACCUGCAUGGAGAUGAGUUCCUACCUGUGUUGGCCAGAGGCUCCAAGCGGGAAACAGCCUUCAGCCGAGGGAAUGAAAGGAUUCUGAACCCCAGAGUGCCCCCUCCCUGCCCAGAACCCAGCAGCGUGAGCCACCAGCAGUUCCAGCCACUUCAUCGGAUGCAACAGACAAAUGUUGCCCUGCUUGGCCGGGAGACUGUGGGGAAAAAGGAGCCCACAGGGUUCAGCCUUAACAACCCUAUGUAUGUCCGGAGCCCCUGUGAUCCUGACAGGGAUCAGCGAUACCUGACCACCUACAACCAAGGGUACUUCGAGAACAUCCCCAAAGGUCUAGACCGGGAAGGCUGGACUCGAGGUGGCAUCCAGCCCCAGAUUCCAGGAGGCUACGCCCUCAGCCAGCCGGUCAGCUGCAUGGAGGCCGCCCCCAACCCCACAGAGAGCCUGCGGCACCUGCACCCCCACGUGGGAAGAACCCUGACCUCAGCCGACCCCUUCUACCGGGACGCACCCCACAGCAGCCGCUUCAUGGCACACAGCUGAGCCCUGAGCCCUUGGUUUGUCAACCCUAGGGGACAGGAGCCAGGCUAUUGUCUGUACCCCCACUCCAUCCCCCGGGGGACACCCCCGCCCGGCUACUUUCCUAAUGAAAUAAAGAGCAUUGAAGCAGA